AGCAUCGCUGCUGUCGUUGGUUCUUCACUCGCUCCUGGUAUAUCUCCCUCUCCACACGUGCAGACUACCAGCAGUUGUCAACCUCUCCUCGUCUCAGACGCUGCUUUCCUCGGGAUAUACUUCCACUAACAGCUUUCUCACAAAGACCAUCUCUGGGUUGGACAUACAGGUGCAUUGGACUACUGGUACUCUCACAAGGGUUAUCUUGACCAUCCACAUCCAUCAUCCCUUUAUUUAGUGUUGUUUAGAAGUGCUUUACCCACCCUCUUCACUGAUUUGGUCCACUACAGGCUGUCUUCUGUAUCUCCUCAUCACCUCCCAGAAGGCCUUUGGUUUGUUGACUGCAUUUUCUAGAGACUUGAUUUUUAAAGGUGGAUACAAUGCUGCGAUUAUUUAUAUUUCUACUCUCACUCGCUCCUUUCGUGUCGACGAAGGCGACAGGAAGUUGCCAAGACGCAGACUGUCCGCCAAAGACUUGGCACAAUGUAGGAUGCACGACAGACGACGACUGCGAUGCGCCCAACGUCAAGUGCUACAAACAUGUCUGUAGGUGUGAACCCGGGUAUUUCUAUACCACACACGACACGUGUACUAACACUUGUAACCCAGACGACAUGCAGGACAGCUUCACGGACUAUCCUGACAGCGCUCUACGUGAAAACCUCAUUGGUAGCCAGGAUGGACUCACUGUGGAAGACUGCAAGGGCAGGUGUCAGACUAACAAGACUUGCCUCACCUUUGAUUUCAAAGCCAGUGGAGGUCAGUGUCGUCUUCAUAAUGUCACCGCUCAUGAGUCUCCCUCCAACUGGUCUCCUAAGCGGAGCAAAGGCUGGACCCACUACCAGAAAUCCUGCAAGUCCACUUUUGCCUCACACGAUAACUGGUACAACUUACUGUGUGACAGCAAGAUUGAUUGUACUGACAUAAACAGCGACUGUUUGUCAGGACGAUGUCUAUGUCGUCCAGGCUUCAUGUUCAAUCAAGCAAAGAAGGAGUGUGUUGUUACAGGCGAGCUGAAGAAGUGGCACAACACAAGCUGCUCGACAGACGACGACUGCGAUGCGCCCCACGCCGAGUGCUACAAACGUGUCUGUCGGUGUGAACCCGGGUAUUUCUACACCACACAGGACACGUGUACUAGCACUUGUAACCCAGACGACAUGCAGGACAGCUUCACAGACUAUCCUGACAGCGCUCUACGUGAAAACCUCAUUGGUAGCCAGGAUGGACUCACUGUGGAAGACUGCAAGGGCAGGUGCCAGACUAACAAGACUUGCCUCACCUUUGAUUUCAAAGCCAGUGGAGGUCAGUGUCGUCUUCAUAAUGUCACCGCUCAUGAGUCUCCCUCCAACUGGUCUCCUAAGCGGAGCAAAGGCUGGACCCACUACCAGAAAUCCUGCAAGUCCACUUUUGCCUCACACGAUAACUGGUACAACUUACUGUGUGACAGCAAGAUUGAUUGUACUGACAUAAACAGCGACUGUUUGUCAGGACGAUGUCUAUGUCGUCCAGGCUUCAUGUUCAAUCAAGCAAAGAAGGAGUGUGUUGUUACAGGCGCCAAGAGUGGUGUGUACACCGUUCAGCUAUAUGAUUUGACAACGGACCUUGUCAGAGUUGGUGUGAUAUGGACACUGCGGGCGGCGCUGGACGGUCAUCCAGAGACGUCGCAAGUUAGUAUUGAAGCCAGAUGA